AUGGAGCCAUCAUCGACACCGGCGAGCGCGCCAACGUCAGGCGCGCGUUGCGGCGAGGGGCAUGCAGGGCAAAGACGCGAGAAGUCGCCCCCACUCACCAGUUUAUUUGCUCACCAUCCGCUUCAUUACAAGUAUGCGCUCACGCGCAGUCGGUGCCCGUCUCUGGAUGACGGCUACCAGACGCUAGAGGACCAGCUGCGCGUGGAGCGGCAGUGUCUGCAGUGUUAUUCCGAAAUGCUGCCUGCCUUGGCGCCACACCCCUCCUAUUUGCCGUUGCAAGACCCCCCGCCCUCCUCAAGCACGCCGAACAAAGAGCAGCAGCAGCAACAGCAGACGCGAGACGCAUUGGCAGCAGACAGAGACAUGGAUGAAGACAGCAUGCCGAUUGAGGACAAGGAUUUUUUGUGGUCGCGCGCAUCCCGCCGCGUAGAGCUUCAGCGAAGCCGCCACAUCGCCUUCCUAGGCAAGCGAUUGGAAGUGCCCUUCUCGGCAAACAUGAUGGAAUUGGCUGCUUCUCGACCUUGGCUAAUCUACUGGAUGGUUCAUGGUCUCAGUUUGCUCGACGCGUUCCCGCGCGACACUCACGCGGACAGCAUCUUAGCUACGCUGGACGUCUGCUGGGAUAAGGCAGGAGGAGGCGGGUGGGGAGGAGGUGCUGGUCAGCAAGCCCACUUGGCAUGCACUUACGCUGCAGCUGCGACGCUCGUUGAGGCAGGCCUGGUGGAGCGCUGGCUAGAAGGCGAGGAGGGAAGCAGCAGAAGAGAAGCCGUCUACAAGAUCCUCCUGAGUCUCAAGAGCGAAAACGGGGGCUUCAUGCUGCACAAAGAUGGGGAAGUAGACAUCAGAGGCGCAUACUGUGCUAUAGCUACAGCCUCGAUGCUGCACAUGCUGACGGAGGAGUUGACGGAUGGCCUCGCCGAAUACGUGGCAUCUUGCCAAGGGUAUGAUGGUGGAAUUGCAGGCGAGCGAGGGCUUGAAUCUCAUGGCGGCUACACCUACUGCGGCUUGGCGGCCCUGUGUAUCACAGGCCAGGCGGGAGCUCUUGAUUUGGAGAGUCUGUUGCAUUGGGCAGCCUGUAAACAGCUGGGAUUCGAGGGCGGCUUUCAGGGACGUACAGCGAAGCUGGUGGACUCGUGUUACUCUUUCUGGCUGGGGGCUGUAUUUCCGCUGGUGGCAGAGGCCUUGCGGCAGCUGCGGCGGGAUUACCCAGUCACACACUGCUGGAUGUCAUCGCAGCAUCUACAGCAGUAUAUUCUCUGUUGCUGUCAAGCACCGAAGGGCGGCAUAGAAGACAAACCUGGCAAAGGGGCCGAUCUCUACCACACGUGUUACGCCCUCUCAGGUAUGUCCAUCGCGCAACAUGCGGCCGCUCAGGGGGAGUUCGGAAAGCCGCCUUUUGUGUUUGGACGGCGCGCUUCCAACCUGCUAGAAAGCACUUGCCCCUUUUACAAUGUCUGUAGCAAAAACGUGGAAGCAAGUCGGGCUUACCUGCUCAAAAUAUCGCCGUUCGAAGCUCCGGAGAGCAAGCAACGAGGCCACGAGGGUAGAGGCCCCACCCUGCAUGCUGCCUGGGUUGCAAAGUUUCCGCGAUUUUCGCCAGCUGGCGACGAUGGGGAGGGGGCGGAGUGGGCCGAUCCCGAGAGCGAAGCGGAAUCGAUGUGA